UUUCUAAGAUCUCAAAUACUGGUUAACUGCAAGUUUCCAGCUAGAAGGUAGGCUCUGAUUCACUGUUUUGUAUUUUCUAAAACAGUUAUAAGUAAUUUGAAAGAUAGACCUGCCAAGAAUUGAGAUCUGUGUUCUGCUUGGUUAGAGCUAACAUUUAUGGUGAGGAAAACACUGCAGGAGCAGGCUGGCACAGAGAAGAGGACAUGAAGAAGGAGCUCCAGCUCUCCCUUUCAGUCAUCUUGAUGUUUGCCUGUGGCUUCCUCUACAAGUUCAUCCAGAAGUCCAGCUGCCUCUUCUGCUUGCCUUCUUUCAAAUCCCAGCAGGGGUUGGAAGCCCUCCUGAGCCACAGACGCGGCAUUGUGUUUCUAGAGACCUCAGAGAGAAUGGAGCCGACCCACUUGGUCUCCUGUGCUGUAGAGUCUGCUGCCAAGAUUUAUCCUGAGCGGCCCGUGGUGUUCUUUAUGAAGGGUCUUACUGAUUCCACACCGAUGCCCUCAAACUCCGCAUACCCAGCUUUUUCCUUCCUCUCAGCAAUAGACAACGUUUUCCUCUUCCCUUUGGAUAUGAAAAGGCUGUUUGAAGACACACCAUUGUUUUCAUGGUACAAUCAAAUCAACACCAGCAUAGAGAGACACUGGCUCCACAUCAGCUCGGACGCAUCCCGCCUGGCCAUCAUCUGGAAAUACGGUGGCAUCUACAUGGACACCGAUGUCAUCUCCAUCAGGCCCAUACCUGAGGAGAACUUUUUGGCUGCCCAGGCUUCUCGGUUCUCUAGUAAUGGAGUAUUUGGGUUCCUCCCCCAGCACCCCUUUUUGUGGAAAUGCAUGGAAAACUUUGUUGAACACUAUAAUUCAGACAUCUGGGGCAACCAAGGCCCUGAUUUGAUGACAAGGAUGUUGAGGGUAUGGUGUAAACUUGAAGACUUCCAGGAGCUGAGCGACCUCAGGUGCCUGAACAUAUCCUUCCUACACCCCCAAAGAUUUUACCCCAUCUCCUAUUCAGAGUGGAGGCGCUACUAUGAAGUGUGGGAUAGAGAGCCAAGCUUCAAUGACUCCUACGCCCUGCAUUUGUGGAACUACAUGAACCAGGAGGGGCGGGAUGUGAUUAGAGGAAGCAAUACACUGGUGGAAAAUCUCUAUCGCAAGCACUGUCCCGGGACUUACAGAGACCUGAUUCAAGGCUCAGAGGGGUCAGUGACUGGGGAGCUGGGUCCAGGUAACAAAGAGAGCUAAUACUGGGUUGCUGCUGCUGCAGUGUGGAAAUGGACAUUUCCUGGAGUGCCACAUUUUCACUUUAUCUCCACUGUCCUUUGGGGGGGGGGGGUGGGUAGAGGGUUACCUCUCAAAUGUCAGUUAGGAUUAGCUUUCUCUGUCUAUAAUAGAACAAUCCCAAAUAAUACUGGCUAUAAAACAUACACUCAUGGUCCAUGUGGCUGCUUGACCUCCAACCCACCAUGUUUGCAUUUCAGGCAGUAGGAUGAAGAAAAGAGGAAAGGUGCACUUGCUUUAUUUUGUGAAGACUUCCUGCUAGUACCAUAUAACACUUCCUCUUACAUUGCACUGACUGAGAUGUAGCUGCAAGAGAGGCUGGGAAGUUUAAGGAGGAAGAAAAAAUGGGUACUGGGGUAGGCAGCUAACAGUUUUGCCACAUGUUCUAUUCAAUACAGUAAAAUUAAUUCCAGGACCUGUUAGAGCAUUGACUGAGGUAAAAAGAGACUUGAUUUCUAGUCCUGAUUUUGACAUUCAUUAAUGCAUUCAGUCAAUAAAUAUUAACUGAG